AAUAAAAAAGUCCAGAAAACUAAUCGAGAAAACAACAAAAGUACUCGCGAAAAUCCCCACUCCCUUUUGGGUGGACCGACCGCACAUUUUCCUCCCCCUCCAUUUCUUUCUGGGCGUCUACAGAACGACACUCGCUUUACCGCCUCGAGUUUCCUUUGUGCUACUAGCAGUCGAUCGUUGGAAACCUUUGAUUUUAUUUAUUUAUUAUUAUUUUUUUUUUUCAUCGCCCCCUCCAAAACCAUGGCUGAUCUACGAGGACGUAAGAUCUUUAAGGUCUUUAACCAGGAUUUUAUUGUGGAUGAACGAUACAAUGUCACUAAGGAGUUGGGUCAAGGUGCAUAUGGUAUUGUCUGUGCCGCUACGAACAUCCAAACCGGUGAAGGUGUUGCUAUCAAGAAGGUCACCAAUGUCUUCAGCAAGAAGAUCCUGGCCAAGCGUGCCUUGAGAGAGAUUAAGUUGCUUCAGCAUUUCCGAGGUCACCGUAAUAUCACUUGUCUUUAUGACAUGGAUAUUCCGCGCCCGGAUAACUUCAAUGAAACAUAUCUGUACGAGGAGUUGAUGGAAUGUGAUCUCGCUGCUAUUAUCCGUUCCGGACAACCCUUGACCGAUGCCCACUUCCAGUCUUUUAUUUAUCAGAUUCUGUGUGGUUUGAAGUACAUCCACUCGGCCAAUGUUUUGCACAGAGACUUGAAACCCGGAAACUUGUUGGUCAACGCCGAUUGUGAACUCAAGAUUUGCGAUUUUGGAUUGGCGCGUGGUUUCUCGAUUGACCCGGAAGAGAAUGCAGGUUACAUGACCGAAUAUGUCGCAACAAGAUGGUAUCGUGCUCCGGAAAUCAUGUUGAGCUUCCAGAGUUACACUAAAGCUAUCGACGUGUGGUCCGUGGGCUGCAUCUUGGCCGAACUCCUCGGCGGCCGCCCUUUCUUUAAGGGUCGUGACUAUGUCGACCAGCUCAACCAGAUCCUACACUACCUGGGCACUCCGAACGAGGAGACCUUGAGCCGCAUCGGAUCUCCCCGGGCCCAGGAGUACGUACGCAACUUGCCUUUCAUGCCCAAGAUCCCCUUCCAGCGCUUGUUCCCCAGCGCCAACCCCGAUGCGCUUGAUCUGCUCGACCGCAUGCUGGCAUUCGACCCCUCGUCGCGUAUCUCGGUUGAAGAGGCCCUGGAGCACCCAUACCUGCACAUUUGGCACGACGCAUCGGAUGAGCCGACAUGCCCCACAACCUUCGAUUUCCACUUCGAGGUGGUGGACGACGUACAGGAGAUGCGUCGUAUGAUCUACGAGGAAGUCGUGCGCUUCCGUGCCGUCGUCCGGCAGCAGUCCCAGGCGCAGGCCGCCGCUGCCGCGCAACAGCAGCAGAUCGCCCAGCAGACCAACGUCCCGAUCCCCGAGAACCAGCAGGGCGUCUGGAAGCAAGAGGAGCCCAAGCCUCAGGAGGCGCUUGCCGCGGGCGGUGGCGUCCACAACGAUCUGGAAUCGUCCCUGCAGCGUGGAAUGGACGUACAAUAAACGGGCAUGGGUGGCAUGAAGUCCUUGACCCAAGUGAAUAUCUUCGUUCCCGGAAAUCGCAGGCGUUUCCGGAUAUCUAUAUGCCAAGAAAAUAAAUAUAUUCACGGGUUCGCCCCAAUUUGGUUCAUCCCAU